AUGGCAGUUACAACUACACAAACAUCAUCUAUAAUAAUUGAUCCUUUAAGUCGUAUAUUAAUUCUUGUGGCUAGUUUUUUUACAAUAAUUGCUUUAACUUUAGUAAUCAUAGGUACAGCUACACAUUCAUGGUUUUAUGAUCAAGAUUCUACUGGUAUAACACUUUCGUAUAAUUUUUUUACUCAAUGUACUGGUAAUUUAUUAAAUGGAACAUCGAAUUGUAUUGAUAUGCAACGUAAUACACAAUUGGGUCUUGGUACUCAACAUGCAGCCGCACUUUUAGUUACUGGUAUUUGUCUACUUGGUAUUGGAACAUUAAUUACAAUAACUAUGAAUUGUGUUCAUUUAAGUGGUAGUUUAUCUUUUAUACCAUCAAUACUUCUUUUUCUUGCUGCACUUUUUAUAGUUGCAGCAUUUGCUGAAGGUUCACGUGUAACAACUUACAAUAGUUACAGUGCUAAUCUUGUUCAAACUGGACAUUUACUUACGAUAUUUUCAAUGGGUAUAAUUGGUUUUGCUAGUGGUCGAUCCCAUGUUCAAUAUCAUGGUGAAUUCUAA